CCCGUAAGUCGGUUACUAGGUCUCGUGGCAACCCGCCCUGUUCGUAGGCCCAUUUUUAUGUCACAGUUUCAAAACAGUUUGUCUGGGAACAUCUUGGACUACUUCGUGCCCGUUUUCUGUGUUUAAAUAUGAAAUGAUUCCACUCAAAGGCAUCGGCUAGACAUUUCUAGAUGUAGUUAUAGAUCUAGGAUGAAACCGUUUCACCAUCAGCCCACACAGUGCAGGAUAGACUUGGUUCUGAACCGAAAUUCCUUGUUGAAAAUGUGUAGAUUGGUGGACGGCGAAAUUUGACACUGACCGUUUUGAAUCUAGAUUUACAAUCUGUUAUGCAGAUGUUUUAGUGUUUACCUUCAAGUACACCAGAUUUCCUGCAGGAGAGAUGCACGCAGAUAGUUGGCUUGAGUUUUUAAAGAGAUAUUUUUCUCGGGAGCCGUACCUAAUGUACAGCAAGAUCUACUCACGCUAUGUGCAUGUAUGUACAGAAGGUACAGGUGAGACGGGACCAUCAGCUCACGCGGCUCCACGUCAGUACAUUGGCUGUAUCACACCAGGUAAAAAGAAAGAUGUCUUCCACUCCAUCAGUUGCAGAAGGAAUUUUGUUGGGUAUGGGAAACCCUAUCUUGGAUAUCACUGUAUUUGGUGAUCAAGACCUGCUGAGCAAGUACAGACUAGAGCCCAAUAAUGCUGUGCUAGCAGCCCCAGACCAGCUGGGUAUCUUCAGGGAGAUAGUAGAGAAAUACCAGCCAACAUAUGUGGCAGGCGGGGCCACACAGAACAGCAUCAGGGUCGCCCAGUGGCUGCUUGAGGUGCCCCACGCUACCACGUUUUUUGGCUGUGUUGGCAGCGACCAAUUCAAAGAAAUCUUGGAGAAGUCAGCUGGGAGUGUUGGGGUGAAGGUCAGGUAUCAGGUUUACCAGGGGGGUCAAACAGGAACCUGUGCUGCUGUCAUUACAGGGGAAAAUAGAUCUUUAAUCACAGAGCUUGGAGCUGCUGAGAAAUUUAGCCUGCAGUUCUUAAAGCAGCCAGAAAACUGGGCAUAUGUUGAGAAAGCCAAGUUUUAUUACAUCGGUGGUUUUUUCCUGUGUGCCAGCCCUGAAUCUGUCCUUGCAGUAGCUGAGCACAGCUCUGCCAUGAAGAAGACCCUAGUGAUGAACCUGCAUGCAACUUUCCUGUGUGAGAAGUUUGCUGACCCACGCCUCAAUCUCCUGCAGCAUGUGGAUCUUCUCUUUGGCAAUGGUGAUGAAGCUGUUGCCUAUGCACAAGCAGCUAAGUUUGGCACGUCUGACAUCAAAGAAAUAGCUCUGAAAAUAUGCCAGCUUCCCAAGUCUAAUCCUGAUAACCAACGCAUUGUUGUUUUCACCCAAGGCAAAGGGCCAACAGUUGUAGCGAGGAGAGGAGAGGUUUUAGAAGUGGCUGUUGAAUGUGUGGAUCCAUCUCUGAUUAAAGAUACAAAUGGAUGUGGGGAUGCGUUUGUUGGUGGUUUUUUGUCUCAACUAGUUCAGGGCAAGCCACUGUCUGAAUGUUUGCGCUGUGCUGCCUAUGCUGCUAAAGUAGUUAUACAGCACGUGGGAUGCAUGUUUGAUGAACAUCCUCAUUUUAUUUAAAUAAAUUCUAGAUUGUUUACCCGUUUUUAGAUUCAUUAAUUUAAAUAUUACAAAUUACAUAGUUUUUAAUAAAAAUACAUAUUGAAAAUGUAAAAAAAAAUUAAAAAACUAUGCAUUACAUUGAGCACAAAUGUGCCUUGCUUUUCAAAAUACCCUUGCUCUUUGUACCACCUAGAAUGCUCGGCUGAGACAUUGUUUUUUUGCUGGGCUGCAUGCAUUGAUUUGAUCUCAGUAAACAUCUAAAUAUAACAUUUAUAAAGAUUUAUUUUUAUUAUUUCAUUUCAUCAGUCAUUGACAUUAAACCAAAAUUCUAAAUAUGUCAAUUUUUAAAAAUACAUUAAAAAACUUACCAUUAAUUAUGUUUAUUCAAAAAACAAUUUCCUGCAUGUCUAUCAGUCGCUGAGUGUAUUUAUUCAAUUGUAAUAUUUGCUCAAAGUAUCAUAGAUGAGCAUAACAAUAUGGUUAUCAAUGAAUGACACCCAUUUAUCAGUAAAAUAAGUAGCCAUUGUCCUCUGAUGGUAUGCAAGCUCUCAUGCUGGUUCAUGGGUAUUUCUAUUGUGUUAGUCUUUGUAGGAAUCAUCUUCUGAUUCCAAGGGAAACAGAAAUCUGGUAUUUCUAAACAUAUCUGCAGUCUUUUGUGUAUAUUCAUCUUCCUUUAAUUCUUUGAUGUUGUUUAUUUUACUUUUAAAGUAAUGAAUUAUUUUUUGCCCCAAACAUUAAAAUAUAAGCCAACAAUUCUUAUAUUGUUGAAGAAAUCGUUUCAAAUACUUUUAAUUAAACAUCAUACUACUGUUAUACCUAUUCCUUGCCAAUCAAGAAAAGUAUGUACAUUGUGGAAAAUAAUAUUCAAAUGUUUUGUACAAAUGAAUUGAUCAUUGUGGGAGACGCAUGUAAAAAUAUUUUUGAAGUAAAAAUAUCAAGUGCUUUAAAAUGCGUGGCUGAUGUUAACAAGAAAAAUAAAAGAUACUAACUUUUAAUUUUAACAUUUAAAAGAGUAAAUAAUUAGUUUGAUUUAUAAUGGUGUUUGAAAUCUUUUGGUUUUCAGUUUGUGUUGAUGAAACUUAAAAAAAUGAAUUGUGAUAUUUAUCUGUUCAUCUGUUGACAAAAAUGAGAAACAAGAUGGGCUGAAAGCUGCACACCGUGUGUUUGCCCCUUACAGGCUUGGUAUGCUUGUUACCAAGUCAGCUUGAAAGCCUGAAUUAGUUCUCACUGCGUCUCCAUGAUGGCAGGAAGUCAUCAAACUCAUGUGAUAUGACUGUUUAUAUGAAUGUUUUUUGGUGUUUUUAAACUUUGGUGUUAGUCUUAGGCUGUAGUGGACCUUCAAUUAAAAACCUAAAAAGAUUAUUUCAUGUGGUCAACUGUGGGGAAUGAAAAACUUUUUUAUGUACACUUGUAACUUUUUUAAAGCACUUUUUCAUUUUUUUCUAAGAGUGAGUGAUGUUCAUGGAGCUUGUAAAAGUUGUUCAUUUAAAAAAAAAAAUUAAAUAUAGUCUAAUACUGGCCUUUAAUUUAAUUAGGGUAUUUUAUCAAAACCGAUUAAUAUUUUAAAAAAAAUAAACUCCAUCCAUUGUAGUUAUUCAUAAAUAAAUGUAUAAAAAAAUGCCCGUACUGACAUUAGUUUAAAAUUUUAACAAAUCUCAAAAGUUAACUUUGUGGAAGUACUUAAGUAUUGUAUGUUAUAGACUGUAUGCAAAUUAUUUUCACUGAGAUUUUUUAAGCAAUACAUUCACACAAAACUUUUUACUAAUCCAUUUUUUCAAAUGUACAUAGACACCUAUUUGAAUGGUUGAUUGAUGUUGUAUGUGGAGUUAUGGCAACAGUCAAUUCUUUUAUUACAAUUAGAUAUAUUAUUUUGUAAAUAUUGUUUCAUUUAUUUAUGCUAAUGAACUAAGAUUCUAAAUCUAUAUUUAAUUAUCUCAGGGGUUUCAUCUUUCUUGCCAAGCAGGCAGUCAUCAUUUUCCACUAAUUAAAUACACUACCUUCUGGGCACCGCAUGUAAUUACAUAGCAUCUUAUCACAUUAGAAUUUUAAUGAGCUUCAUCUGGUUUUAUUUAUAAUCAGUCAAAUGAUGACACUUAAUAUAAUUAUUACAAUACAAUUUCAUAAUCAAAUAUCUAACAAUAAUGCAACUUUUCCUCAUUAGACAAAAACAGCUUCUCUAUGGCUUUUUAAAAUGAACUGUAAACUUACUAAAAAAACUGCUCAUAAAGAAAAAAAAUUAAUACCACUUUUUUAUGUAUUUCAGUUUUAAAAUAUUGAGUUACUUUUUAUUUGAGUAGGUGGUCCAAAAAAGUUUAGUUUGUUUUUAUUUUAAUGAAUUCAAAUUUGAAUUGAAAAAAUUUCCCAGGCACAGCUGUGGAAACACUGACAUUUUUUAAAUGAAGUUUGGUCUGUUUCUUUCCCCAUGCUGAGAUCUGACACUGGUGCUAUCUUGUUACAUGUCUGCCCAUUAGUUCUCCUCCCCAUUAUUCUAUCUUCAUUAUGCACUGGUCCACUCAUUGGUCAAGUCUGACUCACUUGUAGUUGCAUAUGGUAACAUUUUACAUGUACUAAAAAGGUAAAUUAUUUUUUUCAAAUGAUGAAAUGAAUGCAUGUGUUUACCUGGCAACCUACGAGUGAGUUGAGAUGUACCUUGAGUGGCCAGACAAAGGAUGAGUAUCCCGGUUGUUAUGUACAGUCCCUAUUAGGGAACACAUUUCUCUCAUUGGAAGCAUUGUGAACAUUUUUAUUCUAAUAAUGUUGAUGAAUUGGCCUGAUAUAAAGAAACAAGUUCAUUGUAGUAAGAAAGAAUGCUCUAAUGGUAAAAUUUAGAAAUAAUUGCUAGUCUUAAUUUUUUACCCAAGUGUAUAUGUGCUUCAACAGUAACUUAAUCUGAUGCCAUUGAAUGAAUGUCAACAGGCAGCUGAGAGUUUGGUGAAUGACUUUAUGAAAUAAACAUGAUCAAUAUAUUUGCUUAGUUCCAUUGUAAAGAUAGCUCUCAUUAAAAGCUCCAUAAAAUUGUUAUUCAAGCAGCACUUGUCAUAAAUGAUGUGAAUAUUUAGCUUUAAAAACCCAAUAUCCUGCUAUACACCUGAAAACAAUAACUGGUUUGUAUAUAUAUUUAUUGGCUACAUAGUCAGACAUUGAUGUAAGCUUGCAAUAUGCGUAUGAUCACAAUCUUGUACUGCUGAGACAGUUUGUACUGCUAGGAGAAAUGAAAACCACCACCACCACCACCGGCAGUAGUGGUAGUGAAGCUUCAGAGUUUAGUAGCUCUAUCCCACUAAGACCAGCAUUUGACAUGGGAUGAGCUUACUGCCGCUGACACAAUAUUCUGCUCACUUAAGCUCCAGCUGAGAUUAUUUAAAGUAUGCCAAAACAAUCCUCUUUUUUAUCCUUAUUUUUCAUUAUUUUUAUUUAAUGUUUAAAUUAAUGGAAGUAUGGAAUUGUGGGGAAAUUGGAGACAGGAGAUGUGAUUUAAGAUGAGUACUAAGUGGUGCUUUUUGACAUGGCGCUGGUAUUUUAUUUUUCUUUAAUUUUUCUAACAUGUGUAAAAGUAAGAUAACCAUAGCUUAGUAUUGAACUGUUCACCUUCACACUGUAGCAUCUACAGUCAAUGUUACAAAGUGAACAGUAGGAAUCUGGCCAUGGUUUCAUCUCAUUCUAUGUGCACAAUUACAUAGUUAUCUCUUCACUGUUUUCUGUCUUUUGAAUAGUGUGUAAUAAAAUUGACUGUUGUAA